AUGUUUGAGAAAGUUACUGAUUUUUUCAAUAAGACCGCUAUAAAGGGCUUCUUUUUUACUCAUGCGAACAUGAUUCUUGCUAUUCUUAAUGGCUUUGCGAUACUACUGCUUAUCGUGGGAUGGGGUGUAUCUUCAUCAAAAGAAAAAAAUAUUCCUGCUCGCACCACGGUAUGGGUGCUUGGAUUUAUUCUACUAUCCGCCACUAUCCUGAUAUCCAUAGGUGUGCAAAAGAUGGAGCCAAAUCUUCUUCUUUACUAUGGGCAUCAAGUUCUCUCCAUCCUCACGCUUGCUAUGAUGGCAAUCGCAAUGGGGACUAAUAACGUCGUAGUGAACAUGUGCGCUCAGGAUAAAAAAGGUGAUGUUAAGGUUAGUUGUGGUGCGCAUUUGACGGAGCUUUUUGCAGAAAUCUUGGUGUGCAUCAUUAUGGUAAUUUAUUAUCUUGGAACUCAACAGCGUAUCGUGAUUUUUAUCGACAAAGGGAUAUUGGAUGGUAUUCGGGGACGCUCUCACAGCAGGAUGGAGUACUUGAUGUAA